GAUCGAGGGUGGACUAGCCGUGGCUGAACUGGGUGCGGGAACAGAAACUUGCACUUGGGUCGUUCUGCCACCCGCCUCCCCUUGUUCCGAUAUUAGCAGCAGAGCUCUACGUUCACCCCAAAUCCGUGGAUCUCCUCUCUGAGCCCGGGUCUAAACCCCUACAUUUACAGCAAACCAUCAGCUCAACCAUGGGACCCUCUCCGUCUCCCGGCCAUGCAAAGGAUCGUACGCCAAAUAAAAAGCUUUUCGCUUGAGACGGAAACAUAACAGCCUUGUUUUUUUGGGAGUGACUCACCUCCCCUUCCCCAGAGUUUGAUUCAAAAGAGUUCACAACCAAGAUGGCCGCCGAUCCCAUGCAGGCUCACAUGGUUUCGGAGCAGCUGGGCUUGGGGCACAACCUUGACCUGUCUGAUACCAUGGUGCAGCAGAAGCUAGAUGAAAUCAAGGAGCAGAUCAAGAGAGAGAUCCGCAAAGAGCUGAAGAUCAAAGAGGGGGUGGAGAACCUUAGAAAGGUCACCACUGAAAAAAAGAGAUUGGCAUAUGUUGAUAAUAUGCUCAAGAAGUCUAACAAGAAGUUAGAGGAGCUGCAUCAAGAGCUGCAGGAACUCAACGCUCAUAUUGUGGUGAAGGAUCCAGAGGAUCUUCUCUUAGAGUGCCCUCUUACGCUGGACAGCCCUAAAAGGGAAGCACGAACAUGCACUAGCAGCAGCAGACUAGCAGCCCUGAAAAAACAGAACGACAUUGAAUUGAAGGUGAAGCAGGGGGCCGAGAACAUGAUCCAGAUGUAUUCAAAUGGAUCCUCAAAGGACAGAAAACUGCUUGCUACAGCACAGCAGAUGCUUCAAGACAGCAAAACAAAGAUCGAGUUCAUCCGAAUGCAGAUCCUCAAAGCCAGCCAAACCAGCGAGCUCAGCUUCGACAACAAUGAUGUCAUUGCCAAACCCAUCAUCAGUCCACUGGACCUGCGGGUGGAGGAGCUCUGCCAUCACACACGGAUAGAGUACGCUGUGGCCGAGGGGGCCAAGAAUGUCAUGAAGCUGUUGGGCUCUGGCAAACUGGCCGAGAAGAGGGCGCACUCAGAGGCCCAAGCCAGAUUCAAUGAGUCCAAUCAGAAGCUGGAUUUGUUGAAGUAUUCCCUGGAACAGAGACUCAAUGAGCUUCCUAAGAACCAUCCCAAGAGCAGUCUAAUCAUGGAGGAGUUAUCGCUCAUGUCCUCUCCGGCCCUCAGUCCCCGCCAGAGCUUCAUAUCCACACAGAACCACAACAGCACUGUCAAGAACCAGUACAGCACCAAACCAGCUGCACUCACAGGCAAAUUAGAGGUUCGACUCAUGGGAUGUCAGGACCUGUUAGACAGUGUUCCUGGCCGGUCAAAAGCCACAUCGGUGCCACUGCCCGGUUGGAGCCCCAGUGAAACACGCUCCUCUUUCAUGAGCCGUGGGAACCGCAGAGGAACCAGCGUUCGAAAUCUCUCCAAAAAUGAUGACUUGUCCAAUGAGAUUAGUGCUGUGCUGAAGCUUGACAACACUGUAGUUGGUCAGACCAGUUGGAAACCUGUCAGUAAUCAGUCGUGGGACCAGAAGUUUACAUUAGAGCUAGACCGGUCUCGUGAGCUGGAGAUCUCAGUGUAUUGGAGAGAUUGGCGGUCUCUUUGUGCAGUGAAAUUCCUGCGACUGGAGGACUUCCUGGACAACCAGCGGCACGGAAUGUGCCUUUACCUUGAGCCACAAGGGACUCUGUUUGCAGAGGUUACCUUUUUUAAUCCAGUCAUUGAGCGAAGAACCAAACUCCAAAGGCAGAAGAAGAUCUUUUCAAAGCAACAAGGGAGAACUUUUCUGCGGGCCCCUCAGAUGAGCAUCGGUACAUGGGGCCGGUUGGUGAGGAGAGCCAUUCCUUCUCCCAAUAACUCAUUUACUCCUCAAGUGGCCGAACUGGCAGCUGAGACUGGACACAGCAGUCAACCAGGAACCCCUGCUUUGAGGAGUGACCCAAUAGUGACAAAACUGGACUUUGACAAAGACGCUACACCAAAGCAUUACUCUCCUGUUAGUAUAAGAGAAGUCCUGCCUGAGAACCAGAUCCCCAACAAAGAGCGAGAACAGGACACUUUGACCACAUUUGACUACCGCAAUGACAGGAAUAGCAUCAUUGUUCAGUCUGACCUUGAGGAAGUCGUGGAACGUGAGACUCAACCGUCAGCAUUACAGCUCAUAACUGUCCAAAAGAACACAGAAAUAAGGGAAGAAGAAGAAGAGGAAGAACAGUUUCAUUUCAGUCUUAAAGACUUUAAAUGUGUUGCAGUGUUAGGACGGGGCCAUUUUGGAAAGGUGUUAUUAGCAGAAUACAGUAUUACAGGUGAAAUGUUUGCCAUCAAGGCCCUUAAGAAGGGAGAUAUUGUUGCCCGUGAUGAGGUUGAAAGUUUGAUGUGUGAGAAGAGGAUAUUUGAGACUGUGAACAGCGUGCGGCACCCGUUCCUGGUCAAUCUUUUUGCGUGUUUCCAGACCAAGGAGCAUGUGUGUUUUGUGAUGGAGUAUGCAGCAGGAGGAGACCUCAUGAUGCACAUUCAUGCCGAUGUGUUUUCAGAGCCACGGGCCACGUUUUAUGCAGCUUGUGUCGUCCUGGGGUUGCAGUUUUUACAUGAGCACAAGAUUGUAUACAGAGAUCUUAAGUUGGAUAACUUACUGCUUGACACAGAGGGAUUCGUCAAGAUUGCUGACUUUGGUCUUUGCAAAGAAGGAAUGGGUUACCAGGACAGAACGAGCACUUUCUGUGGCACUCCAGAAUUUCUGGCUCCUGAGGUGUUAACUGAAACAUCCUACACACGUGCAGUGGACUGGUGGGGGCUCGGCGUGCUCAUAUUUGAGAUGCUUGUUGGGGAGUCUCCAUUUCCCGGUGAUGAUGAAGAAGAGGUGUUUGACAGCAUUGUGAAUGACGAGGUUCGGUACCCAAGAUUCCUCUCAACAGAGGCCAUCUCCAUUAUGAGAAGGUUAUUAAGAAGGAAUCCAGAGCGACGACUUGGAGCUGGUGAACGCGACGCACAGGAUGUGAAGAAACAUCUGUUCUUCAGGAAUAUUGACUGGGAUGGACUAUUAGCAAAGAAAGUGAAGCCACCAUUUGUACCCACAAUCCAAAGUUCCAGUGACGUUAGUAACUUUGACGAUGAAUUUACCUCAGAGGCUCCGGUGCUGACGCCGCCCAGAGAACCCCGGCACUUAAACCAGGACGAGCAGGACCUGUUUGUAGACUUUGACUAUAUUGCAGACUGGUGUUAGCUAUGUGUCGGCAUCCCUCCCUCUACACACACAGAUGCAGAUAAUGUGAAUCAGACCAUUUGCAGAUAUCCCAAUUUUGUUUUCAGUGUUAUUUUGGAAAUACCACAACCCAUUUUCUGUUUUGACAUUUCAUCAGAAAUGAUUGGACCUAAGCAGUAAUUGAGGAAAAACAUGAAUUUUCAACUAUACUGACAACUAACCACAGCUCAUGAUGAGAACCAUGUGCUCAGGUGUCUUACUGGCACCCUCUAGUGUUGUGGAAGUCAGUACGCCACAUCCACAUUCAUCUUGCCCACAUAAUUUCAUGUUACACUGAGAAUCAUGAGCCUUGAUUUUGAUAUUUUUGUAUUUGAAGCAUUUACAAUGUGAGUGGUUUAAAAAAAAAAAGUCUGUCAAAUGUCAAUGUUAAUUAUUUGGAAGUAUUUUAAAGCCAUAGACUGAGAUGAUAGGUAUCCGAUACAUCCAGUGAAUGUACAAUUUGCCACCGUUACCAAAACAUCUAGCCAUUUUUAAGCAAUGGAGUCUAUACUCUUCCCUACAGUACAGUAUUAAUGCAUUAUGAUCCUAGUUACAAUGAAAACUGCAAAUAUUUACUACCAUAAUUAAAACUCUAGUCAUAUAUAUAUAUACACGUCAUAGUGCUCUGAAACAGGAAAUGUAUCUUCUUUUAUUCAUUAAGUUAUUUUUCUGUCGGAGAGAGUCAUGUUUUUUUUUUUUACCAGACUUAAGCUGUCAGUGGAUUUACACUACUGUUCAAAAGUGUGGGGUCAGUAAUUAUACAUAUAUAGCACUUUAGACUGGAGUAAUGGCUGCUGAAAAUUCAGCUUUGCCACAUCACAGGAAUAAAUUACAUUUUAAAAUAUAUUACCAUAUCAUCAUAUUACCAUUUUAUACCAAAUAAAUGCAGCCUUGGACUUUCAAAAACAUGUAAAAAAUCUCACCGACCCCAAACUUUUGAACGGUAGUGUGUGCGUGUGUGAUAAGCAAUCACAUUACCUCAUUUGUUGAGUUAGCACUAGUUGUUCCCUACUGAAAUUCUUUCAUUUCGUAGGCUUUUGUUCACAAAAAACUCAUAAAUGAUGGACAUGAGUCAUGACAGACUGGAAUCCAUGCUAGACACCAAAUAUCAACAUGAAUAUACUAAUAACUCUAGUUGUUCAAACAUGCGCUAGAAGCUUCACAUGUCUAAUGAGCAAUCCAAAAGGAGGGGUUGAUGCUAGUUUGAGGUUUGGUGUGUUAUAUAGGUCACACUACAUGAACACUAUCAAGCUGGAAGCACUAAUUAUUGUCUGAAAUAUCCAUGUUUUAUCUAAAUUGUGGGAAACAAUGGAGUGUACAAAGGUUUUCUACCCACUACUUACGUCUAAGCAUGAUGCAAAGGAAAUGUUUCAAUGGUACAGUUGUGAAGUUUGACUUGACAAUGGUGUAAAUAACAGGUUUUGCUUAAACUGUCAGCCAUCAUGAAUGCAAAAAUUAAAUGUUUAUUAUGUAAA